AUGGAGACUUUACCAGCCGUGCCGGAGUUCUCGAUAGAGCCCGGUCUUUUACAUCAACUACCAGAGGAGCUAGCACAAUCGAUUCUCAAAGCUCCAGCCAAUACCCAGCAGGAUCAACUGGUGCUGGCAGCUCUAGACCCGAGCUAUACGGCUACACUAUUCCCAUUACUAGAGCCAGUGUUUGUGGAUAUUGCUGCUCGGUGGCUCUUACUGGACUUGAAUGUUCAUUUUGAACAUGUAAUAUCGGCAUUCUCACUGAUUUUGCCCCAUUCUCCAUAUCUACGACCGCUUGCUGAAAGGGCUCUUCAAGCUCAGAAUGUGGGCUUGCCGUUAUUCUCUGAGCAAUGUCCCUCAGAUAUUUCAAAUGUCAAUGAUGGAUCUCUUCUCUCAUUACUCCUCUCAGCUUUUCGGCUGUUAAGUUUCGACGCGGACACAUUUUCACCAUCUGUGUUUCCUAACCAGCUUCAAGCUCUGUUCUCCCAUUCAAAUAAUAUCAUACGGUGUAUGGCGGUCCGUUGUUUUUGUCUGCACAUAAAGGCUGCAGAUGCUGUUUUGGAGAACAUGCUCCACCGUUAUUGCGGUGAUAGUCCCCUUGACAAUACCUUGGAAGGUCAGCUUAUUGAUUUCAGGCUGAUCAGCUUCUGGGAGGAACAGAGAUAUAAAGUCCUUGAAACAGCGCUAGAAACAGCUCGUCAAAAUCGCAAUGGAAGCUUCUUUGAUCUAUGGAUCAAGAAUUUUAGGUCAUUAGAUUAUACGGCGGAAAUCGGUGGUAUUCUUGUUCCUACCCUGAGGCAGAAGAUUAGUUCCCAGGCCUUUAAGCUUGUUCAGACACCUGCUGUUAGAGCUAAUCUUCGUAAGGUGGGAGAAGCACUUCUAUCUCAAGACCCUUUAUUACUUGUUGGACAACCAGGAGCUGGGAAGACGUCUCUGGUCAUGGAAGCUGCAAGUGAAAUGGGCAACUUGUCCUCAAUGAUAACCCUGCAUUUAAACGAGCAAACGGACUCAAAGAGCUUAUUAGGCGUCUACUCCACUUCGGGACAAAGUGGCAGUUUCAAAUGGCAGCCGGGAGUAUUAACCCAAGCUGCGAGGGAAGGAAGGUGGAUUUUAAUCGAAGACUUGGAUCGCGCACCUGCUGAAGUGAUUUCAGUCAUUUUACCCUUGAUUGAGAACAGGGAACUUGUAAUUCCGAGUCGCCGAGAACACAUCCGUUGUGCUGAAGGAUUCCGCAUCAUUGCAACCAUGAGAUCAUUUUUAAACAACAGAGGGGAUGAUGUGGCCCCAGGUAUGACGAUGCUAGGCGGCCGUCUGUGGAAUACAAUUCGGAUCUCACCUUUACCCGUGGAAGAGGUCUCUCAAAUAAUCAAGAAUGAAUUCCCUUUACUAAACAUUACCCGAUACGCCGAUACUUUUUUAACGCUAUACUCUCGAAUUAUAUCCACGUUCCUUGGAUCUGGGGCAUCCAGACAGGUGCAAGGGAGGCCGAUUGGUCUUCGUGACUUAAUGAAAUUUUGCAACAGAAUUGAGACUCGUUUACAAAAGCUAGGGAUCAAGAGCGGGAACGAAUCAGUGCCAGCUCGGAUUGAUGAUGAAAUAUUCAUGGACGCUGUUGACUGUUUUGCAGCUCAUAUCCCAAAUAAUGAACUGCGUUUGGCGCUUGCAAGCAGUAUUGCUGAAGAAAUGCAUAUUUCCCCGCAAAAAUGGAAAUUUUGCUUGUCAGAACGUGUGCCGAAUUAUUCCGAUGAACUUUCAGAUUUAUUGAUUGGAAGGGAGGUUUGCUCAAAGAUUCAAUCACGGAGUAUGGCAGGGGCAAGGACUAAUCAAGCUAAGUCGUUUGCGGCAACGAAGAGUUCUUUACGACUCAUGGAACAGGCUGCUGCCGCCCUUCAAGUUUCGGAACCUAUCCUGCUUGUUGGAGAGACUGGUAUUGGUAAAACUGCAGUUGUCCAGCAACUGUCAUCGCUUUUGAAUCAGAAGUUGACAGUUGUUAAUUUAUCCCAACAAAGCGAGGCUUCUGACCUUCUGGGUGGGUACAAGCCUGUCAAUCUUCGAUCGAUAGCUGUACCUCUCGUGGACGAGUUCAAUGCCUUGUUUGAGUCUACAUUCUCUGUCAAGAAAAAUCAGAAGUUCCUAUCUUCUGUUGCAAAGAGUGUUACUGCCGGGAAUUGGCCACGACUUGUCAAUGUCCUAAAUGAGGCUGUCAAAAUGGUUUCUGACUUAUUUGGUACCUCCAAAAAGACCCAAGCCGAUAUCAAAGAGGCGGCAGAACAACCAGCGAAAAAGAGAAAGCUUGAUAGCCCCAAAUAUAGCUCAUUGUUAGCAAAAUGGUCUUCAUUCACCUCCGAUUUCAGAGAGUUUGAAGCCAGGGUUUUGCAAGGAGAUGCCAAAUUUUCGUUCGCCUUUGUCCAGGGAAAGAUUGUGAAAGCCCUCAGGAAUGGGGAAUGGGUGCUUCUGGAUGAGAUCAAUCUUGCAUCGCCUGAUACCUUAGAGAGUAUUGCGAGUUUAUUGCACCAUGGGCGCGACGGUAAUCCUUCAGUGCUUCUCUCUGAGGCUGGAGAGAUGGAACGAGUUAUCGGUCAUCCAAAUUUCCGGAUCUUUGGAGCAAUGAACCCUGCAACGGAUGCAGGGAAGCGUGACCUUGCCCCUGGGUUAAGAUCAAGAUUUACAGAGCUCUACGUCAGAUCCCCAGACAGCGACAUAGAUGACCUGUUGAGUCUGAUACGUACCUACCUUGGCCCCCUACUGAAUCAUGAUUCUCGUGUUGCCUCGGAUCUUGCAAAUAUCUAUCUCGAAACGAAACGGUUAGCUAUGGAGAAUCAAUUGACUGACGGAGCCGGACAUAAACCCCAUUUUAGCAUCCGAACUCUUGUCCGUACCUUGAUGUAUGUGACCGAUCAGGCGCAUAUAUACGGAGUUCGUCGUGCUAUAUAUGAGGGUUUCUCCAUGAGCUUUUUAACACUUUUGAGCAAGGAUUCUGAACGUCAAGUUAUACCUUUACUGGAGAAACAUAUAUUUGGGAAGGUUGGAAAUGCAAGAUCCAUACUUUCUCAGACUCCCAGAGAGUUCAAAGAUGGAGCAGAAUAUGUUCAGUAUAAACACUAUUGGAUGCAAAAGGGUGAUUUCCCACCAGAGUCCCAAUCCCACUACAUUAUUACCCCCUUUAUCGAAAGGAAUCUUAUGAAUCUCGUCAGAGCCAGUUCAACUCGGCGAUUUCCCAUUUUAUUACAGGGACCAACUUCUUCUGGAAAAACCAGCAUGGUUGAGCAUCUGGCCAAACUCUCUGGAAACCGAUUUGUGAGGAUCAAUAAUCAUGAACACACGGAUCUUCAGGAAUAUCUAGGUUCUUAUGCUACUUCUGAAGAUGGCACUUUAAAGUACCAGGACGGCGUCCUUGUCGAGGCUUUGAAAAAAGGAUACUGGAUUGUGCUUGAUGAGCUUAAUCUUGCACCAACUGAUGUUCUCGAGGCUCUAAAUCGUCUACUUGAUGACAACAGGGAGCUUUUCAUCCCCGAAACACAAGAUGUAGUCCGCCCACACCCGAACUUCAUGUUAUUUGCUACUCAAAACCCCGCGGGUCUUUAUGGAGGAAGGAAGGUGUUGUCUCGUGCAUUCAGGAAUCGAUUUCUUGAAUUGCAUUUUGAUGAUAUACCCGAAGAUGAACUCGAGUUUAUAUUGAAGGAACGUUCUCAUAUCCCACCGUCAUUCUGCACCCGGAUAGUCUCUGUAUAUCGACAGCUGUCUAUCCUACGUCAAUCAAACCGACUUUUUGAACAGAGAAACAGUUUUGCGACACUUCGUGAUCUCUUCAGAUGGGCGAUGAGACGCGCAGAUGACCGAGAACAACUGGCUGUGCAUGGCUUUAUGCUCCUUGCUGAAAGAGUAAGGAAUCGCCAGGAGAGGAGCGCUGUGAAAAAGGUGAUAGAGAAAGUCAUGGGUGUGAAACUGGAUGAAAAUGAAAUAUACAGUAAAUCCGCCGUUGAAACACGACUGAAGCAUUUAUCCGCGGCAGUUCCAUCCAAUAUCGUUUGGACACCUGCUAUGAGGAGGCUCUUCAUCCUUGUGUCCGAAGCUGUUGAGCAUAACGAGCCUGUUCUUCUAGUCGGAGAAACUGGGUGUGGUAAAACUCAGAUAUGCCAGGCUAUUGCAGAAGUCUAUGGCAAAGAGCUAUUCAUUGUCAAUGCCCACGUCAAUCUGGAAACAGGAGACCUUAUUGGUUCCCAGCGACCUAUAAGGAAUCGCUCUUCAAUCAUUCAUCAGCUUGAGAGAGAUAUAACUUUGGCCUUAGAACAAGCCCACCAGAUACAUACCGGGCCUUUUUCAUCCCUUGACGACCUCAAGAGUGCAUUCUAUGCCGUUGAACAGUCGUCUUCCGGCCGCUGUGACCCAGACCUUAUUCACAGAAUUAAGACCAACAUAACAAGAGCAAGCUCCCUUUUUGAAUGGUCUGAUGGGAGUUUAGUCACAGCCAUGAAAACAGGACAGCAUUUUCUCCUGGAUGAGUUGUCUCUCGCAGACGAUUCUGUCCUUGAGCGGCUUAACAGCGUACUAGAAACUACAAGGACUGUGCUGUUGGCCGAGAAAGGCCCCGUUGACUCUCUUGUUACUGCUACUGAUGGCUUUCAAUUCCUUGGAACUAUGAACCCUGGAGGUGAUUAUGGAAAACGAGAGCUUUCUGCUGCAUUGAGGAAUCGAUUGACAGAGAUUUGGGUUCCAGAACUUCUAGAGGAUGAUGACAUAUUGCCAAUCUUGGAAGCGAACGUCAAACCAUCUCUGCGUAAUGUACCUCAAGGGAUGGUAUCUUUUGCAAAAUGGUUCAAGGAUAAGUUCCGGGGUUCGACACAAUCCUCGAUAUCGGUCCGUGACUUACUGGCCUGGGCACAAUUUAUCAACUCUUGUACUCAACUGGAUGACCAAUCUGCUGUUAUACACGGGGCCUGUCUGGUCUAUAUUGAUGGCCUUGGCGCAAAUCCAUCUGCAUUGCUAGCAUCUACCUCUGGUGACCUUGAGAGGGACAGACAAUCAUCCUUGGAAAAACUUGGGGAGCUAUUCUCUGUUGAUGCUCUAUCAAUAUAUAGUCAGAACUCCAGUAUGCAACUGGACGGGCAUACUUUGAAAAUUGGUCAAUUCUCAUUGCCUCUUGGAACUAACUCGAACCCAGAUUCCAAGUUUGCAUUUGAUGCACCUACAACUUUACGCAACACAAUCCGUGUCGCCCGUGGCCUCCAAUCGAGCAAACCUAUUCUGUUGGAAGGAAGCCCUGGGGUUGGGAAAACCACACUUGUUGCAGCGCUAGCACAGAUUAUUGGUGUUCCACUUACUCGAAUAAACUUGUCGGAGCAAACUGAUUUAACGGAUCUGUUUGGAUCAGACGUACCCGUUGAUGGAGGUGAUAUAGGUAGCUUUGCAUGGAGCGAUGCACCAUUUUUGCGUGCAAUGCAACACGGCGGAUGGGUUUUGUUAGAUGAAAUGAACCUAGCCUCACAAUCUGUGCUCGAAGGACUGAAUUCUUGUUUAGACCACCGGCAGCAAGUUUAUAUCGCUGAACUUGGCCAAACGUUCCAACGGCACCCUGAUUUUGUCCUCUUUGCUGCACAGAAUCCCCAUCAUCAAGGAGGUGGGAGAAAGGGCCUUCCAGCGUCUUUCGUCGAUCGAUUUACUGUUGUUUAUGCGGACUCAUUUACCUCUCAUGACCUGCAAAUUAUUUGUCGGAGGUUAAGCCCAGCGUGCCCGGAAGACAAAAUCAUCAAACUAGUUGAUUUUGUUACUAUGCUGAAUACAAAGCUACUCACUGAUCGUCGGUUUGGAGCUGUUGGGGCCCCUUGGGAGGUUAACCUUCGAGAUAUCUCUCGCUGGCUCAAACUGCUUACUUCUAGCCCUGUUGAGAUAUCACCUUCGCAAUACAUCGAUGUGGUCAUUUCACACAGAUUCAGGACUGCUCCCGAUAGACUAUUAGUUUCUCAACUAUAUCAUGAUAUAUUCGGAGCGGUCCCAGACACGAAAAACUACUUCCACAAUCUCAGCCCUUACUCAUACCAGGUUGGCCUGGGAAAGCUGGACCGCAAUCAACAGUUGUAUGAAUUUUCAGUCAAUGAUUCGAAAGACUUCCCUCGCAGCUUGCAUCUAGUUGAGUCUAUGAUGCUCUGCAUAGAAAAUGCAUGGCCGUGUCUUUUAGUCGGGCCAUCUGGGUGUGGAAAGACUUCUAGCAUAAGACGACUUGCUGCUCUAAGCGGCGCUAAACUUGUUGAGCUUGCUCUGAAUUCUGAUACAGAUGCCAUGGAUCUCAUUGGUGGUUUUGAGCAAAGAGACAGCCACCGGCAGUAUCUUUCAUUCGCAAGUGAAUUAAUUCGCCUUUUAAGAUAUCAUAUUGUCAUCGCACUCUCCCAGGCAGAGGAUAGCAGUGCAGCCUUGGGUCCAGAGUUGAUGCAGCUAUACCAAAUGACGAUGCACAGCUCUUUCAGUCCACAAGAGCUCUUAGGUCCCCUCUCCAAACUGGCUCAACACCACUCGGAUACAAUAUUUCAGGAUAUUCUUGAGCAAUGCAAGCAAAUUUGCGUCGAUGAAGCAGCAGGAGAAACAGGAUUCGAGUGGACUGAGGGUAUUCUGAUCCAUGCUAUGAAACAAGGCAGCUGGGUGGUACUUGAUAACGCGAAUCUUUGCAAUGCCACUGUCUUAGACCGCUUAAAUUCUCUUUUGGAGCCAAAUGGGUGCCUUAUCGUGAAUGAGCGCAAGUCUCCUGAUGGCCUUGCCCAGGUGAUCACACCUCACCCUGAUUUCCGAUUGUUCUUAACAGUUGACCCUCGACAUGGCGAACUGUCUCGAGCUAUGCGAAACAGAUCUAUCGAAAUUUUCUUUCUCAAAGAGGACGAAAUAAACCAGUCUUGUUUGACUGGCACAAGGCACUUAAAUGAAUCUGCCAUAUACCGUAUUCGGGAGUGUCACAAUUUGGUUUGUUUCCCUAAGCCCCUUGAGAGCGAUUCCAAAUCUCUUGGGAUUGGCCUUGAUCAUCUAUCGCCACAGGACGUGGCUUGUCUUCAACACUCUAUCAAACGAGUCGCCCAGCUGUGGUCUAAGGCCUCCCCUGUGACUCCUAAAAAGGCAGAAUGUUUGGUUGAGAGCUAUAGCACUCUCCUGUGUCGCAAUGCGCUGGUUGGUCGAUUGGUAGGCCCUGGAUCUGAUGGAACUCUUGCCUACCAACAUGUUAACAACCUAGAAAAGAAUGAGCCCAUCCAUCCCCUUAUAAAUGAACCACGACUUGUGUUUUCGCUCCCAAUAGGGAACUAUCGAGAGAAACUUUUACAGGCGGCAAAGCUGCAAGAACUUCAGCUACAAACUGUCCAGUUUUAUCAGCAGCUUUUGCACGUGGAAUCUGCUGCAAGGGGCAAGAAGUCAGCGGAAAUGACUCUCAUAGAACGAUCUAUCACUUCGGGGACUAUACAGUCUCACCUGAAAGACUCGACACAGCCCAUUGGCCGUUUCCUUUAUGGCUGUUGCAAUGCAGUCAGUGAGUGUUUAGAGUCACUGACCUUGGAAUCCUGCCCCGACAAGGCCCCUCAACUAGUCCAAGAUAUUUUAAAUUUUUGUUGGGAUAGCUUUGAAUUAACCCAAUGCGAUCUCUUGGACGAUGCUACUUUUUUGACGUACCUUGUUAUUGGAAAGAAUAUCUGUGGUGGAUUUGAGCAUCUUCAGCUCAAACUGGUGGAUCAGUUCAAAGAACUUCUGGCCUCCUUCAAUGCUAACUGGGAGUUGAGCAGCGGAAAGAGCAUGCAACGUAUAUGGAAUUCAUGGCGCCCUGCAACACCCACUGACUCCAGUCAAUUGGAACAGGGGAUGCAGUUCCGAGAACUUCGGACCAGAUAUGAUCGGGUAGCAUUGAAGUCACGAGUGCCUGUUCAUGAAUUAGGGCGGCUCUAUGACCUAUUUAUUCAUGCCCAAACUUCAAUUUUACGGGGUGCGAAUAGCACAGCCCUACUGCCCGAAUUGAACACAACAAUAUCUCGCUUCGAGGCCCAAUCUUCGAAAUCGGAUUCUUAUGACUCUCCUCACUUUGCUACAGAAUUUGAAGCAUUGUGCCAAUAUAAUGAUCUAGCAGAAGACAAGGACUUGCCUCGUGCUCCACUUCCUGGAUCUAUCAAGCUCCUGGCAGGAAGAGAAUCUCGUCCCAGCGACACAUCAGUAAUUGCCAGUGCGGCCCCCGGGUUACUCUCUAAACUUACCCAGUACCUAGGAAGCGAAAAUUCUCACUGUGGCCCGUUGGCAUUGCUUGGGGGUAUUUCAUGUUCUCUGGUCAAGAAAGUUGAAGAUAUCAACCAGGUGCCUCUUGGACAGAUGGAUCUUUUAAGGUCCGAAAUUAGUCUCUUGUUACAGGGACUAGCUGCAAACACCUGCCAGCUUUCUACUUAUCAGCCUACUAUUCUUCGCCAUCGGAUUUUGGAACUUUUGAAAGAGUUCAUACGGUGUCAUGCAGACUUGCUUGGAUCAGACUCCCUGAAUAUAUCUAUGGACAUUUUACGGCAGCUUCAGACAGGAGAGUCUGAGGAUUCACAAUCUGCUAUUUGCACAGUCCAAGUUCAACCGGAGGUAUCAGAUAAUCUAGUCUUCAAACUUCUAGGGGAUGAAAUUCUUACCUUGUUCCGAGAGCUCUGUAAACCGCAAGCCAAUGAGAAGGCUAUCGGCCAACUUGGGGAGCUUUUAGUCAGGCUAUCUCUUGUACUCCUUCAUUGCUACGUUCCAAAUAGACCAUUCGAUCCAUCAUUGCAUCUUGCUGUUGAGCAUAAGCUCCAUUUGCAUAGACAGCACGAAAUGGCUACGAGGUUGGAUUGCCUCCGGACAUGUGAGCAUUUGUUUUCUGGACAGACAUCAAGCUUACGAAUUCAAGCUGCAAGAAAGGAUCUUGCUCGUCUUGGGUCUGCACCCCCGAAUACUCCAGUGGUCCGCCCUGAGGUAUCAAAACUGAAUGAAGUGCAAGCCCAGUUUAGCAGCAUUCUGACCUCCGUCUUGAAUCAGCCAGUUGAAUACAUCCUCUCGGUCUCCCAAGCGCCUAUUACCGAAUCAAUUUCCAAGGACUUCUCUUCUCAGGCAUCGGGAACAUUACUCCAGCUCAAUAUCCGUCAAAUCGCCCAUCGUCUUUCCGAGAACUGCCCUGGAUAUGAGGACAUGACGAUCCUACCAGUUAGAUUUCUCCAGCUCCUGGAUCAGGGGAUUGAGUUGAUCCGUCACAGUACUUCGUCUUCCACCCGGUCUUGUCCCAUUAUCCAAUAUAUAUGCGGAACAACCCCUUUCUUAGGAGGAAAAUUACCAGAUCUAUCCCUUGCUUCGCCCUCUCCCACUAAAAGUUCCCAAGCCGCAACGGCAGAGAUAGAUAUUCAGAGGUUGCUAUUACUAGGCGCCGCUCAAAACAUUGACAACCAGACUCUAUCUAAGCCCACCCAAAAAGAGAUUUUACAUGGUAUCCUCGAUCGAGCAUAUUCCUCAUGGAAAGAGAAGCUGGAAAAGGACCAGUCUCUUGAAGUGGAGAAAUCCAAGUUCUAUCAUUACAGAGGAUCCUUUGAGGACGACAAGGAGUCAGAAUCCGCAGAAAUUCUCCAGAUGUUCCCCACUUACGAUAAUCAAGACGAGCCCAGCAAAGAAACUGCAAAUACCGAGCCUCAUCCUGACAAGCUUCGUAUGAAACUAUUCACGGCCUUCAGGGACCUCUUUGUGUCUGAUAAUAGGGCUUCCCGUCUAAGAUAUGUGAUCAGCGAGAGCCUUCGCUUUUUAGGGUCAAUAUCGCGUAAAUCAGGGGUAACGAUACCACCGGUUGAUCUAAAAUUCCACCUCGGCCCCAUUUUCUUGCUCAUGGGAGACGUUGAUCGACCAAGCAAAGUUGCAAACUACAACUUUUAUACUGAUGCCAAUAUAGAGGAAGUGAAUAAGUUUGCUUCUCUUGUCCAGAAGGUGCAAGUUCGCUUUUUGCAGCUACAAGAAUCCUGGCCUGAACAUGCAACCCUUGCUGAUGUUGUUGAAUGGUGCUCUAAAAUCUUCAAGUUCCAGCAUAGGGAGCCCCUUGCUAAGUUUAUAACAAUGGCCGAGAAACUUCAUGGACACGUACAUGAAUGGCAAACAGUUGCGAGCAAAGAAUUUUCUGCAGCUGACUGCUACAAUGACCUCACCUCGACGCUGAUACACUGGAGACGCCUUGAGCUCUCUACCUGGUCCCGUUUGCUCGAUGUGGAAGACGAGAAAUGUCUGGAGCAAGCGGCAUCUUGGUGGUACAUGGCCUACGAGGUCAUUGUGGCAGUCCCGCUACAGCUGGUACAAGAAAACCAGCCCAUGGACAAUCAUGUAUCAGGCCUCCUGUCGACGCUGGAGAAGUUCCUACAUGCUACAUCAAUGGGACAGUUCUCGUCCCGUGUUGAUCUUAUAGACAAGUUCAGGCAGCUCCUUAUGCUUUAUCUUCCCGAUCUUCCAGCCUUGGGUAAGGUGGUUUCGGCUCUUAAGAAUCUUCUUGACCACUAUAGGCCUUUUAUCUCUUCGGUCCAAAGCUCCCUUAAAGAUGGACGGCAAAAACUGGAAAAGGAAUUAAAGGAACAAGUUCAACUAGCAAGCUGGAAAGAUACGAAGAUCACAGCACUUCGUGAAAGCGCUCGUCGUUCUCACCACAAAUUGUUCAAAAUCAUCAGGAAGUAUCGUACUCUCCUAGCACAAUCUUGUGAAGAGCUUCUUUCAAGAGAAACCCCUGAGUCCACCUCGGAUAAUGAGCAUACAGCGGUCUUUCAGUCGCUUCCCCCCAAGGCUGUGAAUCCUGCUGCAUUAAGCGUUUACCAGAAAAAUGAAGGGCUAUGGAGCCAACGACCUGCCCGAUUUCAAGCUCCUGAUUCUACGGCUAAACACAUGCACCAGGUUUAUGAAGGUUCCUUACCAGAGUUCCAGGUUACCACUGAACUUGAAGCCAUCAUGACCGACGUGGUUUCAUCUAUUUCCGACUUCAAAAAGAGAACUCCCAAAACCCUGACGGAAGAGAACAAGGAUGAGGUCCAACAUCUUAAGACUCAAAAACGAAGCUUCUAUGCUGCAAAGCUGAAGGAGCUGCGUCAUAUGGGCCUUAGAUCGAAUCUUGGAACAGACUUGCUCGAUAAGCAGAGCUCAGUUAGUCUGGUUCUCGCUACUACACCGAGCUUCAGCGCCCCUGACCUAGCCCCCUUGUCCGUUACCGCAGACAAGUACUUCCACCGCUUCCUUCACAUAGUCCCAAGCAUACGUCAAGCAGCACGAAACUACUCUGAAGACUUGAGCAAUGUUGAAGCCGGUCGAAGUAUUGGAUUUACAGAAGGAUUUCUUUACCAGAUGAUGAAGCAAAGGGAAACACUGUCUCCUGUGUUGGCCUCGGUUGAGUCUCUAGUUAACCAUGUCAAACUGGCUACAGCCAUUACGAGCAGUUCAACAGUGAGUACAUUUUCCAGUGAAAGGUCGUCUAACCCUCUGCACACAAUAUAUCAAGCACUUAAAUGGCUGCCGACUAUCAUUGAACUGUCUUCAACAAUUAUCAACAUCCAUCGGAGUCACUCCUCUGUCGAUUCCACAGCAGUCCUGGCAUCCUUGGGUUUAUGGGCGGAAUCUGCAACAUCCUUACAGAACCGCCUCAUCAACCUUCCAGCUCUUCCUGAUGGAUUAUCUUCCAGCUCUCAUAAGGAUAUCGUUUUUGACGCUGAACGUUUUAUGGCCAGUAUGAAAUCUGGAAUUCUGACCCAUAUGAAGACUCAACCCGAGAUUGCCUUUGCUCUCAAUCAGCUUCUGUUUUGGACGGAUUGUGACUCCCAUGGUGCUCUAGAGUCACAGGCCGAUAAACUGUCUGUUUCCUCCAUAAAGGAUGUGGACUCGUCUCUGCUUGUUGCAAUGGACGCCAUACUUGUUGCAUUACAAAGAGUUCAGAGCGCCCUUUCCAGUGUUCCCAUCUCGGCGGAAGCCCCUACAUGGCUAUCAAAAACCGAUACCUCGUUCUCUAGGUCCCUCUCCGAACUCCACAUUGAUGAUAUUUCAUCCAAACUAAAAUCGGUAUUUGAUGUGGUUAGAAAUAUUUCUGAUACUCGUGAGCUUAAUAUUGCCAUUGCUGGGCUCAGUAUCAGCCUGCCAAUACUAGCGCAAUAUCAAACAAUCUGCCUGGACCUUGUCAAUCGAUAUACCGCCUUCCACCAUUCAGUGUGCAAAUUGGGAUAUACUCUAGGUAAAUCGUUCAAGCAGGUCGCAUCAGAAGGAUUUUGCAGUCCUUCCGAACCCUCCGACCAGCAAGGCCAGCAAAGUAAUAAAGUGGAGAGUGGUACUGGCCUUGGUGAGGGCGAAGGGGCGGAGGACAUAAGCAAAGAUGUUCAAGACGAUGAAGACCUUUCGGAACUCGCUCAGCAAAAGCAAGAAGAGGCAGAAAAAGAAGAUAUUGAAGGAACGGAUGAUGCAGUAAACAUGGACAACGAGGAUUUGGAGGGUCAAGAGGGCGAUUAUUCCAAGGAUAAUGAGGAAGAGGAAAAGGACAAGUCAGAUGCAGAUGAAGGAGAAGAAGAUGAUCUUGACGAAGAAGUUGGAAGUGUUGACGACUGGGACCCCUCAGCCGUAGAUGAGAAGAUGUGGGACGGUACGAAUGAUAAGGAGCAGAAGGACACUGAGAACAAUGAGAGCAAAAGAGCCGAGAAAGCAGAUGACAUGUCCGCCGCCACAGAACAGCGCAAGGAAGAUGAAUCUGCGAAAAAGGAGGCUGACGAGGAGCAUGAAACUGCUGAAAGUGAUGAGGAAGCCCCUGAAGAUGAGAAAGAGGGUGCUGGCCGCGAAGACAUGGAUGUGACUGAUCCGUAUGCCCAGGAGAAUGAUGUCCUUGAUUUACCAGAAGACAUGGACCUGGAUGGUGAGAAAAAGGAGGAUGAAGGCUCUGACGUAGACGAUGGUAUGAGCGAGAUGUCCAUGGAAGAGACUGCCAACCAAGAUGAUCUUCCAGAGGAUACAAAUGAAGAAAACAAAGAGACCAGGCCGGAAAGCCCUGACGUCGAUAUGGCAGAGAACCCAGAUGAUAACGCCGAUGAAGACGGCCAGCGGGAGGAAGAAACUGGCGAACCAGACUCCGAACCUCAGCCAGAUGCCGGCGAAGAAGAUAAAAAGAUAAUACCUGUGGAAGAUGAGCAACAAAAGGCCGAUCCUGACAAUACAGCGCCUAGCGAGCAGGUUUCAGCAGGUGUCCAACAAGAUCAGAGCAAUGAAAAGGGUACGUCUGGAGAUGCUGCCUUUGAUCAGCCGACGGAGAAGAUGGAGGAGGAUGGUGAAGGAGAGGGUAAAGGGGUUGAAGAACAUGGCCAACAGGGGAAGCAAUCGAACCAGGAAGCUGGUGACGGGGGCAAUAAUGAGAAACAAGAUCCACAACUCCAGUCAUUCAAGAAGCUCGGUGAUAUCCUUGAACAGUGGCAUAGGUCUCAUCGUGAAAUAUUGGAGGCUUCUGAGAAAGAUAACGAACAAGUUCAGGAGCAGGAUAUUGCUGAGAAGGAUGUUGACUUCGAACAUCUCGCUGAUGAGCAGGAUACUGCAGAUACCCAGGCCCUCGGCCAGGCAAACGAGGAGCAGUCUCAAGCAAUGAACCAAUCCCAGGCAAUAGAAUCUGACUUCAAGCCACAGGAUAACGAAUACCUCCCGGAUGCACAAGAGGCGGAAGACAGCAGCAACACCAACAACCUCGAGGACCUAAUGGAUGUUGAUGCACCGCUUGCGUCGAAUGAUCAACGACAACCUACUACCUCGAUAACACGCUCUGGUAAUGGUAUGGAAUCUUCUCAGGGGGAAGAAGGUGCAGCAGCAGAGGAUAAAGACGAACUUGAAGAUGUUGAUAACCAGCUUUCCGUCAUCAAUAUAUCCUCCGACCUGGUACCCCUGACACCUCCAGAUGAAGCCCGUCGGCUAUGGACUCAUUACGAGUCUAUCACGCAUGAACUUUCGCUGUCCUUAACGGAACAACUACGCCUUAUCCUUGCGCCAACAAUGGCAACCAAACUCAGGGGAGACUUCAGAACAGGCAAACGGCUGAAUAUAAAACGCAUCAUCCCUUAUAUCGCCUCACAGUAUAAGCGUGACAAAAUAUGGAUGCGUCGAUCCGUGCCUUCAAAGCGGAAUUACCAGAUCAUGCUAGCGGUAGACGACAGCAAGUCUAUGCUUGAAGGUUCAAGUGGGCAGCUUGCAUUCCAAACUCUCGCUUUGGUUGCAAGGAGUUUGAGCAUGCUUGAGACCGGUGACCUUUGCAUUGUCAGCUUUGGAAACGAGGAACACAUCCGUGUUGCUCAUGACUUUGGAAAGCCGUUCUCCUCAGAAGCUGGGUCGCAGGUAUUCCAGCACUUCAGCUACAAACAAACCGGCACAAAUGUACGACAGCUUAUUGCCGAUUCUAUUGCUCUUUUCCGCGAGGCUAGAGCCAAACGGCCAUCUUCAUCGACUUCGGGUGAUCUGUGGCAAUUGGAGCUGAUUAUAUCCGAUGGUGUUUGUGAGGAUCAUGACAGAAUUGCUCGCCUCGUCCGCCAGGCGCAUGAAGAGCGUAUAAUGGUUGUUUUUAUCAUUGUUGAUGCAGUUCAGGAGGAGAGCCGUUCGAUUAUGAACCUCUCCCAGGCAACCUUCGAGCCCAGCGGAUCAGGGCCUGGCGAAGGAAAGUGGAAGAUGAAAAAGUAUCUAGAUGGGUUUCCUUUCCCUUAUUACUUGGUUGUGAGGAAUGUUCAGGAGUUACCGGCUGUUUUGUCUUUGGCGUUGAAGCAAUGGUUUGCAGAGGUGGUGGAAAUAUCUUCAUAA